AUGGAUUGGUCUGCCUGUGAUAUUCGACAGGACUCUGGGGCAUCUCGAAGUUUGAUUAACUUGGCGUCUUUUCACAAUAUGCAACAAAUUAACUACACACCCAAUUUCAGAGGGGUAUAUCUGGAUCUCAUUUUCUCAUCCAUCCCUGACUUUGCAGUGUUCCCAGCUCAGGACGUAUUAAUCCCGGAAGAUGCACACCAUCCGGCGCUCUCCAUCCUUUUGAGUCUAGAAAAGGCCCCUUUCUCUGCCAACCGGAGUUUUGUUGUGCCCAUCUUUAAGUCCGGCGACCGUAAAAACGUGAGGAACUACAGACCUAUUGUGAUCCAGUCUGCUAUUGCCAAACUGUAUGAAAACAUUAUCUUGGACCACCUAUACUUUCAUUUGCGGAAAUGCAUAUCCUUGGAGCAGCAUGGCUUCCUACAGUCCCGUUCAACCAUUUCUAACCUACUCGAGUUUCAGGAAUAUGUAAUGUCGGCCUUUGGAAACUCGAGCCAGGUGGACUGCGUUUACUUAGAUUUAUCAAAGGCCUUCGACAGAGUGAACCAUCACCUGCUGAUUUCAAAGCUUGAGGGUUAUGGUGUGCGUGGCUCACUCCUGAGGUGGUUGGAGAAGUUACCUGAAAGACAGAUUUCUUAUCGUCAAAUUUGA